AUGGGGACAAAGCAGGUGGUGGGACACAGCCUUGUUGCUGUUAGCCUGAUCAUCUUCACCUACUACACUGCCAGGGUGAUUCAGCCAGCGUGUCAUCCACAGCGUUUCCUGACCUGAGCUGAUGCCACUGGCAUCCCACUAGCUGCUGGCCUCCUGCUGCUUCUGUUUGCGGGAGUGUUUAUUACCUAUGUGAUGCUGAAGAACCAGAAGGUGAUCAUAAAGGCCAGGUGA